CGCCCACGCCUCCCUCCCUCCCGCCGGGACAAAACCGCCGCUCCUCCUCCUCCGCCCCUCCCCGCUCUUUCUGUGAGGCGGGAAGCGAGGCGGAUGCCGAGGCGACGGGGCUCGCGCACCGCACGCGUGUGCCCGCCGCCCGGGGGCCAGGCGAGGUGGUGAGGUGAGGCCGAGCGCGGUUUUAAAUUGUUCACCCGGCCGCCCUUCUCGCCGUAGUUUUCAGUGGUACAAGCAAGGGAGGAACGAACGUGAGGGCUGCCUGCCUGCCUGCGGACAUGGGCUCCAGCCUCAAGUACCGAUCUGGCCUGUGCCUCAUCGUCGCCGUCGUGCUGAUCUGGGUCAUCUCUGCCGAGGUCACGCAGGGGAUAUUCACAAAGUACAGACAUCCAUUUGCAGUUACUUACUUGGGGGCCUCCCUUAUGGUCAUAUACCUCCCUUUGUCAUUUCUAAAAGAUUUUAUAUACAAUUCGUUGAGAAGGCAUUCUAGAAACACUAGUGCUUCCAAAAUUGCAAGCAAAUCUUCCUUUGGUGGUAGUGCCCCUUUGAAGAAUGGUGAAUUUCAGAAGAUGUUGGAAAUGGAAUCACAGAAAACUAUAGUGGUAAAUUGCCCUGAUGUGAGCAUCCCUGUAGUGGAAGAGACAAAACCACUCAUAUGCGGAAUCACUGAAAUGGAUGAUGGCCUUUUCAAGGACAAGCAACUUUCCACUAAGGAGAUUGCAACGUAUGGAUUGUAUCUUUGCCCCUUAUGGUUUGUGACAGAGUAUUUAUCGAAUGCAGCGCUUGCAAGAACUAGUGUUGCCAGUACCACAGUGCUGUCUUCAACUUCAGGACUCUUCACUCUUUUCAUUGGUGUUUUACUUGGCCAAGACUCCAUAAAUGCUGCGAAAAUUAUUGCUGUUUUCAUUAGCAUGGCUGGCGUUGUAAUGACAACUGUGGGCCAGACUUGGGCAUCUGAUGAAUCAGAAGCAGGCAAAUCUGGUUUUACACAGAGGACUCUUCUAGGUGAUAUGUUUGGUCUUAUGUCAGCAAUCGCCUAUGGUCUAUUUACUGUGCUGCUUAAAAAAUUUUGUGGAGAGGAAGGAGAAAAGGUUGAUGUCCAAAAACUGUUUGGUUAUCUUGGGCUUUUUACCCUUGUUGCUCUAUGGUGGAUUGUCUGGCCAUUAACCGCACUAGGCGUUGAGCCAAAGUUUUCAAUGCCCCACUCAGCUAAAGUGGAUGAAGUGGUGGUGGCAAAUAGCCUAAUCGGAAGUGUAUUAUCAGACUACUUCUGGGCUCUUUCUGUUGUUUGGACUACUCCCUUGGUGGCCACUCUAGGCAUGUCUCUCACAAUUCCAAUAGCAAUGGUUGCUGAUAUGAUCAUUCACGGCCGUCACUAUUCAGCAGUAUAUAUUCUUGGUUCUGUCCAGGUAUUUUCAGGCUUUGUUAUCGCGAACCUUGCAGAUCGCUUUUCUCGUUCUCUAGGGCUAUCAUAGUCUCAUAAAACAGAACAGGCCCUUAUUAGAGCGUGCAUCAGGAAGCUCCAAGGUCGGGUUGGUUAGGCCAAUACUUCAGAAAACCUGGAUCGGGAGAUACCAGGAAUUAUUUUCCCUUUGCUUCUUUAAACAUAGUGGAGGUGAAUUUUGCCGUGGUGAAUAGUGAAAGGCAGCAGAUGAAGAAGAAAACAUAUGUUAUAGCAACCCUUUGCAACUGUAAAUUCUCUUACU